UUGACGUACGGGGACCUGGCUGCCCUGGCUCGUGUCUCGCGAGAGCUCAAUGAUCUUGUUAAUCCUUACCUCUACCACACGGUUCGCUUCCAUAGCCCCGGGCACGUCGAUGCCCACGACAAACUUCUGAUGAAGCUGGACACGCUUGCCCACCCCGAAUUUGACAAGAUGGGGCUCAUCAAGCGCGUGAUCGUGUCCGGGACCUGUUGGGAUAUGCAGGUCUCCCUCACCCAGUAUUUGGUCUCGAAUGUCGUCCUGCGGCCGAUGCUCCGGAAUCUCCAGCUGCGCAUGGGCACCGACUGCACCCCCAAGCCCUUCUUCCGACCCCCGCUGAACAUGAAGCUCUCGAUGAGCCUGACGGUGCUUUCCCUCGUGCAGGUGGACGACGUGGAAGUGAUGAGAUCGGUGGGAGCGGCGGUGUCGAGCGCGACGAACCUGCGGGAGCUCACGAUCUGGGCGGAUAAUAAUUCCGGGAUCAGCGUCAGCACCCUAUUCGAGAGCUGGCCCACUCAUCUGGCCUCGCAAUUCCACCUGCUGGACCUGCGCGGCUUCGCGGCCCUAGGGGUCACGCCCGCCGACUUCUGGGCCAUGCUGCGACCAUCCAAACUCACCACCAUCACCCUGGACUUUCUCGACCCGGACUCGCUCGCCACCAUCGUCCGGAACUUCUGGGACGCCGGGCUCGAGGCGGACUUCCGCCCUGUGCGGCUUACCACCAAUCUCCUCGACAACUCGAUCGAUGAAUUCCUGCGCGCCUUUAGUGGGCUGGAGGUCUUUCAUGGCACCCCGAUCCGCGGCCAAACGUCUAGUCAGCUGGUGGCCUGUGAGUCGUUCUUGGAGGUGCUGGAGACGCAGCAUGGUGCCACCUUGAAGGUGCUGGGUCUAAGCCUGCCGUGCCACGAGGACCGACCCUGCUCCUGCGCAGAGUUGCUGACCCUGAUUGCAUCGAGGUUUCCGCAAUUGGAAGAGCUUCGGAUUCGACAAGAUAAGGUCGACGUUGUCAGAAAAUCUCUCUUUUCUUGCUCUUUUCUUGCUCUUUGCCCUUUGCCCUUUGCCCUUUGCCCUUUGCCCUUUGCCCUUUGA